GACGCAGGGACGGAGCUCGAUGGCUGCUGCGAAGCCAUUGCUGUUUACGUUGGUCGUUAGUGGUUUGAACGAGACUGAGGAAGAGAUAUUCUCGACUAGCAAGAAGGAGAAGAUCGGAUGAAUCGGCCACGUGCAAAAAAGACCGCCUCCCUCCACCAGAGAGAAGAGCCAACUGGCCGUGUCUUUCCAACAACCAACUAAAGUAAAAAGAAGCGCAGGCUUAACAACGAUGAGGCUAUCGAUCUCGACGCUGGUGACUGUCUCGGCUGCUGUGCUGCUGAGUACAUCGUGCCUGGUCGACGGCAAGAAGUCCAAUGUGGUCGAUCUGACAACGACCAAGGCCUUCGACGCGGCCAUUGGCAAGGGACAGGGCGCCCUCGUCGAAUUCUUCGCGCCAUGGUGCGGGCACUGCAAGAAGCUCGCCCCAACAUAUGAGGAGCUCGCCGAUGCUUUUGCUAGUAAAAAGGACAAGGUCAUCAUCGCUAAAGUCGAUGCCGACAACAAUCGCGCGCUUGGCAAGGCUCACGGCGUCCAGGGCUUUCCUACGCUCAAAUGGUUCCCUGCUCACAGCAAGGAGGGCGAGGUAUACAGUGGCAUCCGAGACCUUAAGGCACUGUCCAGCUACGUGACGGAGAUGUCCAAUGUCAAGUCCAACAUUCGAGCCCCACCGCCCCCGGCAGCCAAGCAGCUGACAAAGGACAAUUUUGACGAAAUCGUUCUCGAUGAGGCCAACGACGUCUUCGUGGAGUUCUAUGCGCCCUGGUGUGGCCACUGCAAGAACUUGGCACCCGUCUACGACAAGGUCGCUUCUGCGUUUGAAAACGAAAAGAAUUGCAUCGUGGCGCAGAUGGACGCAGACGAUGCGGCAAACCGCGACAUUGCGCAGCGUUACGGCGUCUCAGGAUUCCCUACCUUGAUGAUGUUCCCCAAGGGCUCCAAGGACAAGAAGCCCGUGCCGUACCAGCAAAGCCGGGCGGAAGAGGACCUGGUGCAAUACCUCAACGAGCAGUGCUACACCCACCGCGCCCCUGGUGGAGGCCUGACGGACCUGGCCUGGCGCCUGCCUCUCCUGGACACGCUCGCCUCGCGCUUCUUCGUUGCCUCGCCAACCAGCAGCGGUGGAAAGGACGAGGACCGCGCUUCGAUCCUCGAGGAGGCCAAGUCCUUCGUCGCAAAGUACAGCACCUCUGCCAAUGCCACGGAGGCCAAGAACGCCGCGGCCAAGUACUACCUCAAAGUGAUGGACAAGGCGAUUGCCAAGCCGAGCUACAUCGAAGAGGAGACGAAGCGACUGGCGAACAUCAUCAAGAAGCACGUCGAUGGAACGAGCGCACUGGCCAGCGCCAAGUUUGACGACAUCAAGCGAAGGGCAAACAUCCUGGCGGCGUUUGCCAAGAGGGAGAUGAGCGAAAAGUCGGCAGAGGCCGCAAAGAAGAUCACAAAGGGAGUUGAUCACUCAGAGCUGUAGAAGGGGAAAGGUAGUUGCUUUCGGGACCGCGACGGCACGGGUGCGGAUCUCUCAUGUGUAUCAGGACAUGGACGAAGUGCAAUGUUUGUGUGCAGGAAUCUAGUGAGAGAUAGAUGUGAUUGCGCACAGGACCAGCUGCGGCGACUUUAGCAGUAAUCACAAGAAAGGAAAUGGAUCGACAUAUCGAGAGAUGAGUGUAUGUGGUCUAAAGGGGGCAUGAUUAGAUGGUUCGUGCAAGACUUCGACUUAUCUGUGACGGG